CAAUCAGUCAGACCAAUCGCGGUGCGGUGAAGAUGUGGUCUCAUGUAGUAGUGUCUCUGUUGCUGGCGGCGGCGGGCGCGGCGCCAGCGGGGGCGGGCGCGGGGGCGGGGGCGGGGGUGGAGCCGUACAAUAGCACGGCUGUCUCCAGGUGUACUGCCAGCUCCUUGGCGGGGCUGCCGCUGCGCGUGCUGGUGGCGGGCUGCGCGGCGCCGCCCUGCCGCCUGCCGCAGCUGCAGCACGCCGAGAUCGACAUCGCCUUCCGAGCACCUCGCGACCUGGAGUCCAUGGAGACGCUGGCCUCGGUGGCGCUGCUGGGCCAGCCCAUACCGUUCCCGCUGGGCGCGGCGGGCGCCACGUGCGCCGGCCUGCAGGGCGCCGCCUGCCCCGUGCGGCGCGGCGAGCUGCUGCGCUACCGGCUGCGGAUCUACGUCGAACAGUACUUGCCUGUGGUUGGGCAUCGGCGGCCACCUGGAGGUGAAGGUGCGUGAGGGGGGCGCGGCGGGGGGCGGGGAGGACCUGUUCUGCUUCAGCGUGGCUGUCCUCAUCGGCUCCCCACAACCACUGCACUCGUCCUAGCGUACUAGGCACAUCUCGUGUCACGAAAGGCGAACAGGAACGUCUAAAGUCUAAAUGGAAUUAUGACGAAGUACUUACCAAUUAUUAUUAUUUAGCAAUAAAAUUAAACAGCAUUGCAAGAUA